CCGUCAGAAAAAUGCUAACCCUAACCCAAGUUAUCAUUUAGUGCGUUAAAAAGUUAAAUAUGCUAAACUUUUAUGAUCGUUUUCAUUGUCUGGACGAGCAAUAGUUGCAAUGUCGAUACCAAUCCACACGAGGUCGUUGUUCAUUAGAUGUACAGAGAACUUUCCGUUUCCUUGUCUUCUUCGUGCUUUCCUCCAACCGUACACGGAAGUUGCAUGUUAAGUAACAACAAUGAUGAGCAUUCUGACUUUAAGGCACGAGUUUAAGUCAUUAUAGGUUAGAAACUAAGCGACUUUAUCGCAACCUGUCGCACACAAGAUGGUCAACAUUGGGCUUACGAAGGUUGACGAUGCCAUUGCGGCAAAACAUCCGGGUUUACAGCAGUAUGCAGCCUGUCAGUCACACGCGUUCAUGAAAGGAAUCGGGACCUUCAUGUUAGGCACCGCGGGGCUGUUCCUCGUGCAGGGACUGCUUCAGAAGAAGCUUCCUUACCCCCUGCAAUGGAACCUGCUCGUCUCUACAGCCGCCUCCUCUGUGGGGAGCUACUUUGUGACGCGCUGGGAGACAAAGCGAUGCACAGACCUCUGGAUCCUGACAGAGAAGGGCAAGCUACCGGACACAACACCACAGACUGCAGCGGCCAGGCCAGAGGCCCACGAGGCCGGCGGGGCCCACGAGGCCGGUGAGGCCGCGGGGCCCAGGAAGACUCAGUACGGGGACACGAUGGAGUGAUGACCACGCACCAUGACGGCAGCACUCUUACACACACACACACACACAUGAAAAAAUACUUUUAUUUAUUCUAACUUUGACUUUGUUGUGGUUUCAGGAUGCUCUCCUGUCACACACACACACACACCGCUCUUAUUUGCAGAUACAGCUUUGUUGGAGUUCCACAAAUCUGUUUGCAUAUUUCAUGGGAUUUGGAUGCUAAGCUUUGGUAUAAUUCUUAUGCAUUAGCUGGCCUGUCGUACUGCAGAUAACGUGUAGUUCCAACACACACCACUAGUGGCCAGCACAGUUCUCACUUUCUUGUGUAACUAUUAACAGGUUGCAGUACAGGAUGUUUGAGAUAAAUGAUGCCUUAUAUGAAGGUGAAUUAGGGUCAGAAAGAUGUUUAGGACUCGCACCACAGCUUCAGUCCAGUUUUAUGAUUCUGAAGAUGAUGGAAGGAAAAAUAAUCCUGAAUGACAAACGGUUUGAAAUUUCAUUUUUGUCUCUAAACUCAGUCUAGGAGCAUAUUUCUGUUCAGAACAUGUGCUGUUUAAUUCAAUAAAAUUAUUUGAAGA